AUGAGGGAUCACAUCGUUUUUGAUGUCUCCAACAAAUCCAAGAUCUGGUACAAAUCGGAAACGCAGCUCACAGGCUACGGUCUCAAUGAGAACCUCACGAUGCUGGCUCAGGGUACUAAAGCAAUCUACCUCGGCAACGCUAUAUUAGGUGUGGCAGGCUUCGAAUUCGCUUACGAUUACGUCGUCAAUCUUAUGGGUGAACAUGGAUGUGGACCU